AUGAUCAACUAUUCACCAUGGGCUUCCCCGAUCGUGGUGAUCAUCAAAAAGAAUGGGGUGGAUAUCAGGCUGUGUAUCGAUUAUCGGCUGGUUAACAGCUUAACUCAGCUGAUGAUCUAUCCAAUGCCCUUGAUCAACGACCUACUUGAAGAUCUGGAGUCGACACUUUGGUACUGUUCCUUGGAUAUGGCGAGCGGAUUUUGGGUAGUGAAGAUGACGGAUCGAGCUCGGUUGAUCUCGGCUUUUAUUACUCCCUUUGGGCUAUUUGAGUGGAACCGAAUGCCUUUCGGUUUGAAGAAUGCGCCACAGGUCUACCAACGUAUGAUCGACAACGCGCUAUAUGGAUUCAUCCGGAUCCCGAGGUCUGAAGAUCACGAGGGUGCUCUAGAUGUAUUUGAGAAUGGGGAACCGGUGGAUCCAGGCAAACUAUCGGUGCUUGGUCGUAGAUCAUAUAUAGAUGACAUCCUGAUCCCCGCCAACAACCGGGAUCAACUAUGUGAUCGGGUCGAAGGUUUACUCAAAGCAUGUGAUGAGUGGAAUCUGUCGAUCAGUAGUUUCUGUGGAAUGCCUAAGGUGGAAUAUCUCGGGCAUAGGGUCUCGCACAAUGGUCUGGAGGCGAAUCCGAAGGAUCUGUCUGCGUUGACGGAUCUAGCAUUUCCAGUAUCACUCAGAGCUAUGCAGUCAUUUUUGGGAAGUCUGCACUAUUAUAGCCGAUUUAUCGAAGACUACGUGAUCUACGCGUCGGUUCUGUAUGAAUUGCGAGAAAUCGACUUUGUUGCGAUGAUGAAAGAAGCUACCCAAGCACGGAUCCAACAUGAGGAGAAUGUGGAUCAGGGAUAUCAGGAAGAUCAGGGUGUCGACCACCGAAAGACCUUGGAUCUGGAGGCGCCAGAUCCUACUGAGGUAGAUCCACGCUGGAUCCAUGCCCAUCGGUCCUUCAGCGUGCUUAAAACCAGGAUCGCUACGACUCCGAUCUUACGGCACUUUGACCCAGAUCGGAAGGCCACAGUUGUGGUGUAUGCUAGCGAUUGUGCCAUUUCGGGAGGAAUACGACCAGAUCUAUUACCCCGUGAUGUUUGCCAGCCGUACUCUGAAGUCGACGAGCUAAACUAUGGCAUCGUGGAGAAGGAGGUAUUAGCACUUCUGAGGAUCCAGGAUCUUAACUAUAAUGCGUUGGUCGGGCGUCCGAUCCAUGUGUUGACCCGACACUCAACAUUGGCGUGGCUCUUCAUAUCCACCGCCCUACAAGGACGUCUAGGACAGUGGGCCGCUCUGUUGUUGCCCUGGACACUUGAGAUCACCAAGUGUGUCAAAGGAGAGGACGAGAUCUUAGGAGCACUGGCGGCCAGUAUUACUCCUAGAUCAGAAGUGGAUAAGGCAUUGAUCUCAAUUGCCCCUAAAAAGGAGCUUAGACGCAAGAUCCAAGGUCCGAUCCCCACUAUUAGACGAGAUGAGGAGCUAUACGUCAUCAGUUUCGAUGGUUCGGCCCGUGUCAAGAGAGGUGGAGGCACCUACAGCGCGACCUUGUGGAAGCUGCUCGAAUGGAGGGUGCUGAAAGCUAGAUCAGAGCAUGCCGAAGGCUUGACGGUGAAUGAGGCGGAAUAUCAUGAGUUGUUGCUAUGUCUGGAUCUGUUGGAAGAUCUGGACCCACGACGUCUGGUGAUCCGCGGAGACUCAAACCUGGUGAUCCGGCAAGUACGAGGAGAGAUCGAUUGUAAGGCGCCAGGUCUGACACUGUUACGCCAGUGA